AACAAAGCUUUGGACCCCCACUCCCUUUGCGUGAGACGAGAGGAAAGGAGCAAAAUAAGUGAACACUCUUCUCCUUUCUGUGUCCGCGCUUGUCAGGUUCUCACCCCUCUUUUUUUAGUGGGUUGUUUGUUGGUUUAUUUGGCUCUUAACUUGGGGCUAACUCCUUGGUUUAAGAACUGUGUAUUCGUGUGUCCAUGUUCCCCUAUCCGUACUUGUUGGUUUUAGCGGGGAAAAUCCAAGUUCUAAGCCUUUGUUGACAACAGCUAUGUCCCUUGCGCUCUUGUAGAAUAAUCUUCACAUUUAUAUAACUCGGCGAAAUCUAAGAGAGUGAAAGUGAGGUUUUCAAGUGAGGCUCUCAAAAUGUUUUCUGGGAGCUUUAGUUCUAGUAUACAUUGAAUUGAGAUUAAGGCAGGCAUGGGGAGAACAUUGUGUUCUUAUCUAGUUGGAGGAAACCUUUAACUAAGGUUCCAGAUGGCAAAUUCUAUGAAUGGCAGAAACCCUGGUGGUCGAGGAGGAAACCCCCGAAAAGGACGGAUUUUGGGUAUUAUUGAUGCUAUUCAAGAUGCAGUUGGACCUCCUAAGCAAGCAGCAGCAGAUCGCAGGACUGUUGAGAAAACUUGGAAACUCAUGGACAAAGUGGUCAGACUGUGCCAAAAUCCCAAGCUUCAGUUGAAAAAUAGCCCACCAUAUAUACUUGACAUUUUACCUGAUACAUAUCAGCAUUUGCGACUUAUAUUGAGUAAAUAUGAUGACAACCAGAAACUCGUCCAACUCAGUGAGAAUGAAUAUUUUAAAAUCUACAUCGAUAGUCUAAUGAAAAAGUCAAAGCGGGCAAUAAGACUCUUUAAAGAAGGCAAGGAGCGGAUGUAUGAAGAACAGUCACAGGACAGACGAAAUCUCACGAAACUGUCCCUUAUCUUCAGUCACAUGCUGGCAGAAAUCAAAGCCAUCUUUCCCAAUGGGCAGUUCCAGGGAGAUAACUUUCGUAUCACGAAAGCAGAUGCUGCUGAAUUCUGGAGAAAGUUUUUUGGAGACAAAACUAUUGUACCAUGGAAAGUAUUCAGACAGUGCCUUCAUGAGGUUCAUCAGAUUAGCUCUGGCCUGGAAGCAAUGGCUCUGAAAUCAACAAUUGAUUUAACUUGUAAUGAUUACAUUUCAGUUUUUGAAUUUGAUAUUUUUACCAGGCUUUUUCAGCCUUGGGGCUCUAUUUUACGGAAUUGGAAUUUCUUAGCUGUCACACAUCCGGGUUACAUGGCAUUUCUCACAUAUGAUGAAGUUAAAGCACGACUGCAGAAGUAUAGCACCAAACCUGGAAGCUACAUUUUCCGGUUAAGCUGCACCAGAUUGGGACAGUGGGCCAUCGGCUACGUGACAGGGGACGGCAAUAUCUUACAGACCAUCCCACAUAAUAAGCCCUUAUUUCAAGCCCUGAUUGACGGCAGCAGGGAAGGAUUCUAUCUUUAUCCUGAUGGGAGGAGUUAUAAUCCUGAUUUAACUGGAUUGUGUGAACCCACACCCCAUGACCAUAUAAAAGUUACACAGGAACAAUAUGAAUUAUAUUGUGAAAUGGGCUCCACUUUUCAGCUCUGUAAAAUUUGUGCUGAAAAUGACAAAGAUGUCAAGAUUGAGCCUUGUGGGCAUUUGAUGUGCACCUCUUGCCUCACAGCAUGGCAGGAGUCAGACGGCCAGGGCUGCCCUUUCUGUCGCUGUGAAAUAAAAGGAACGGAGCCCAUAAUCGUGGACCCCUUUGAUCCAAGAGAUGAAGGCUCCAGGUGCUGUAGCAUCAUCGACCCUUUUGGAAUGCCCAUGCUGGACCUAGAUGAUGACGAUGACCGAGAGGAGUCCCUGAUGAUGAAUCGGUUGGCUAAUGUUCGAAAGUGCACUGACAGGCAAAAUUCCCCAGUCACAUCGCCAGGAUCCUCUCCCCUUGCACAGAGAAGAAAGCCACAUCCAGAUCCUCUCCAGAUCCCUCAUCUAAGCCUGCCACCAGUGCCUCCUCGCCUGGAUCUAAUCCAGAAAGGCAUAGUUCGGUCUCCCUGUGGCAGCCCAACUGGUUCACCAAAGUCUUCUCCUUGCAUGGUGAGAAAACAAGAUAAACCACUCCCGGCACCACCUCCUCCCUUAAGAGAUCCUCCUCCUCCUCCACCUGAGAGACCUCCCCCAAUCCCACCUGACAAUAGACUGAGUCGUCACUUCCAUCAUGUGGAAAGUGUGCCUUCCCGAGACCAGCCAAUGCCUCUUGAAGCCUGGUGCCCCCGGGAUGUGUUUGCAACUAAUCAGUCAGUGGGAUGUCGACUCUUAGGGGAUGGCUCUCCAAAGCCCGGAAUCACAGCAAGUUCAAAUGUAAAUGGAAGGCACAGUAGAAUGGGCUCUGACCCCGUGCUUAUGCGGAAACAUAGACGCCAUGAUUUGCCUUUAGAAGGAGCCAAGGUCUUUUCCAAUGGUCACCUGGGAAGUGAAGAAUAUGAUGUUCCUCCCCGGCUUUCUCCUCCUCCUCCCGCAGCCACUCUCCUCCCUAGCAUCAAGUGUACUGGCCCGUUAGCAAAUUCCCUUUCAGAGAAAACCAGAGACCCAGUAGAGGAAGAUGACGAUGAAUACAAGAUUCCUUCAUCCCAUCCUGUUUCCCUGAAUUCACAACCAUCUCAUUGCCAUAACGUAAAACCUCCUCCUAGGUCUUGUGAUAAUGGUCACUGUAUAUUGAAUGGAACCCAUGGUACAUCUUCAGAGAUGAAGAAAUCAAACAUCCCUGAAUUAGGCAUAUAUUUAAAGGGAGAUGUUUUUGAUUCAGCCUCUGAUCCAGUGCCAUUACCACCUGCCAGGCCUCCAACUCGGGACAAUCCAAAGCAUGGUUCUUCACUCAACAGGACGCCCUCUGAUUAUGAUCUUCUCAUCCCUCCAUUAGGUGAAGAUGCUUUUGAUGCCCUCCCCCCAUCCCUCCCACCUCCCCCACCUCCCGCAAGACACAGCCUCAUCGAACACUCAAAACCUCCCGGCUCCAACAGCCGACCAUCCUCAGGACAGGACCUUUUCCUUCUUCCUUCAGAUCCCUUUUUUGAUCCAGCAAGUGGCCAAGUUCCUUUGCCUCCUGCUAGGAGAUUACCAGGUGAAAAUGUCAAAUCCAACAGAACAUCACAGGACUAUGAUCAGCUUCCUUCCUCUUCAGAUGGUUCACAGGCACCAGCCAGACCUCCUAAACCACGACCCCGCAGGACUGCACCGGAAAUCCACCACAGAAAACCCCACGGUCCCGACGCAUCAUUGGAAAAUGUUGACGCAAAAAUUGCGAAACUCAUGGGAGAGGGUUAUGCCUUUGAAGAAGUGAAGAGAGCCUUAGAAAUAGCCCAGAAUAAUGUCGAAGUGGCCCGGAGCAUCCUCCGAGAAUUUGCCUACCCGCCUCCAGUCUCCCCACGUCUAAAUCUAUAGCAGCCAGGACCUGUCCACACCAAAAUGGCAAGCAGUCAAUAUCCCAGGAUCGUGGAAAAGAGACAAGCGAGAGAAGGUGUCUCCUUGGCAUGGCACCUUGAGAAGAGGCUUGGAAGGGCUGCUUCUCAGAAGACAGCUGCUCGCGCAGGAUGGCCACAGCUGUGCUUCCUUAUUUCCGCUAGCCAUACUUUUUAAAUCAGGGUUGAACUGACAAAAAUAAUUUAAAAACGUUUACUUCCCUUGAACUUUGAAUCUGUGAAGUGCUUUUCCUUGUUUACAAGUUGGCGAAGUUGCAGUUUGUUUUUGUUUUUAGUUUUGUUUUAGGGUUUUUGGGGUUUUUUUUUUUUUGAUCCCUGUACUGUGUUCUUGACAGACCCUUGGUAGAGUGGUCAGGUCUGCUGUAACAUUUCCCACCAACUCCCUUGCUGUCCACGCCAGCAGCUGAGUCACACGUUCAUUUGUAUCUCAUCCAUCCCACCCCACCCCCCAUGACCAGCUGGGUCCAGUUCCAUUUCUCCCAUUUACAAGAUGCUUCAAAGGUUCUGAUUUUCAACGUAUUGAACUAAUGCAAGAAAAGAAAAAGAAAAGUGUGUGGCCUUCACUACUGAGUCUUUUCUUUGGAAACCUUUGCUGUUGUGAGAUGGGAAAGUUAUGAAUGUAUAAAGCAUUUUUUCAUCCAUG